AUGAUAUUAUACAACCUUCCUUUUUCUUUUUCUUCUUUUUUCUUCUUUUAUUUAUUUCUUUCUUUUUCUUCUUUUUUUCUUCUUCCUCUUUUCUUUUUCUUCUUUUCUUUCUUUUUCUUCUUCCUCUUCUUUUUCUUUUAUUUCUUUUUCUUCUAUUUCUUGUAUUUCUUUUUCUUUUUUUUCUUCCUCUUCCUUUUUCUUUUCUUUUUCUUCCUCUUCUUCAUUUUCUUCUUCCUCUUCUUUUUCUUUUUACUUUAUUCUUCUUCCUCUUCUUUUUCUUCUUUUUCUUUUAUUCUUUUUUUCGUGUCAUGUCGCUUCAGUAAGUCUCUCCACUUCUUCCUUUUUCUUUUUCCUUUUUUUUUAUUUAUUUUCUUUUUCUUUUCUUUUUCUUUUUCUUCUUCUUCUUCUUUUUUUCUUCUUCUUCUUUUCUUUUCUUUUCUUUUUUCUUCCUCUUUUUGGUUUUCUUCUUCCUCUUCUUUUUCUUCUCCCUCUUUUUUCUUCUUUUCUUUUCUUUUUUCUUUUUCUUCUUUUUCUUUUCUUUUUUCCCCUUUUCUUUUAUUUCUUUUUUUCCUUUUUCCUCUACACCUUCGCUUUCAGAGGACAUUACUACCAAGCGAAUAUAGACAAAUUAAGUCGAAAUCGAUUCGAUUUUGGGACCGACCGAAAACUUUUCUUUCUUUCUUUCUUUCUUUCUUUCUUUCUUUCUUUCUUUCUUUCUCAAUUUGUUUUUCUCUAAUGAAUUCCAUUUUCAUUUAUCUCAAUUUUUCAUAUCUAUCUUUUUGA